AUGGAUGGUAACAUUUCAACAUCUACUUUUAUUCCAACGGCGACUGUAAAUUCCACUAACGAAACAAUCAACAUUUCCAAUGGAAGCACAGCCAUCCCCACAUACGGGAAAGAUGCCAUCAAGGAAUAUUUCGUACAAGAAUACAAUAAAGGGUGUUCUGAAGACGGUUUUUAUCAGAACCAACUUUGGUCGUGUUUUGAUGGUUCCACUUACGCCUUUGCCUUAUCAGGCAUAAUCAUAGCAGGCAUCGGACUUUUUGGAAAUAUUGUCGCUUUCCUGAAGAUUGUUUUUGACAAGAAACUCCAUUCUGACAUCUUCGUCGCCUUGGCGUGUGUUCUUGUUUCGGACACAAUGGCAUUGAUUUCCUACUCUAUAACCGGGUACGUUACAGAAGUCAUCGUACUGUUUGACAUGGUGCUGGCGGUGAAUAUGACAUUUAUAAUCUGCACAACCAUGUGGUCCUGUCUCAAUGCCAUCCUACUGACAGUGAAUCCCUUUCUUCGCAUUGUGUUGAUGUCUGUAGCGUGUGUUUACGUUCGCUCAAGUCCGAAAGAUGAUCCGUACGUUGUCUAUGAACCUGUCGUUUUCUCCUACUGCGAAAUCAAAUGUACCAAUGACUCGAAAUGUGCUUACUUCAAAUUUACCAACGACACAAAAAAUUGUCAGAUAUUUGACAAGAUUGAAUCCACUAAGUGGCGUGAAUCUUGUAGUGGUUGUUUCAUAGGAAUAAAAGAAGAGAUAUGCCUAACACAGCCCGAAGAAACAACAAUUAUACCUGUUCAAACAACAACAACAACAGCAGCAACAACAACAACAACAACACUUAACACAAUUUGCUCCUGUGUUUGCAAAGAAACAAACGCCAGUGUGGAUGAUAUUCUCAAAGAGCGACUAAAGGCUUUAACUGUGAAUGUAUCCAAUCUCUCAGCCACCAAACGAAAGCUGUCCUGUGCCGAGGACAACAGAGCUACAGCGAACAACAUCGGUUACUUUGGACUCAUAUUACUGGGGUUACUAGGCGGAAUAUUUGUUGUGUUUGACUGUGUGAACAUGUUUCGCCGUCGUAUUGGGCGUUAAAUCAAAAUUAUGAAAAGGAGACGGUGGACACGUUGAAUAAUUAAUUAAACAUCAGUUUUCCCAGUUUCACUCUUGUAUAUGUUCACAUUUAUCACAUGUGG